GGGCUUUGUUUAGCUUAGCAACGGGCGAGCCGAGCUGCCGGCCCGGGACGGUCCCCGCGGCUCGCAGCCAUGAAGGUGGCGGUGCUGGACCUGGGCACCAUCUUGGCCAAGCUGUUCAGGCCCCCGGCGGCCCCCGGAGCGGCCGCGCCCUGCUCCCCGGCGCUGCCCGCCAAGGCGGUGGGGCCGGGGCCGGGGCCGGGGCCGUGCCCUCCCGGCGCCAGGGCCCCGCUCUGCCCGCUGCCCGACAUCGGCGAGGAGUGGGCGAGCGACGCGGAGGACGGACCCUGCGACCCCCGAGCAGCAAAGGGUCUGUCCAAAGGAUCUACAGAUAACUGCUUCCCAGGGAAGAAUGGAGAUUCUCUUCCAAUACUUUUUACAAGAAAUGUGCAGGAAGCUAUUGACAAUUUUAACUGUGAAACAGUUUCAUCGCUCUCAUCUAGUGGUCAAACAACACCAACAGAUUUGAAUAAUUCUUGGUCUGGAAUACAAAGUUAUACAACUGGUUUGACUACUGAAAGAAGCUCCAUUUACUCAUGGAGGGAUGAUGAAUUUGAUAAAGCUAAUACACAAAGAGUGCAACAACUAUUCUGGGAUGUGGAUGAAAUGUUAUUUGAAGGAAAAGUGACUUCUCAAACCCAGAGCCUGCAGGAAGAAUGUAGAGACUGGAUCAAUAGAUCGCUUCAUCUAAGGAUUUUAGGAAAGCAGCUCCUGUUGCCUAAGGAUGAAGGCUUUCAGCAUUUUCAGAGCCGAACUGCUAUCUCUGCCUACACCAGAUCUUUACCUGGCCUCUGUGAAAUCACUAAAAAUAUGAAAGAGCUGUGCAUUUCAGGCUCUAAGCUGGUUCCAACAACCUCCCCAGCCCACAAAUCAUUAGACUGUGGGUCCCCGAGGAUUACUGUUUCUGACUCAUCUGUGUAUUCCUUCCUGGAAGAAGAAAUAUAUGAUGUCGAUGGAAAAAUAGAAGAGUAUCUUGCAUUUGACAACAAAGAGCUUGAUGAUGAGAAUUUGGAACAAAAGAAAGCCCAGCUUGCUCAAAAGAAGAAUAAACAAGGCAUUCCUCCUGUUUCUCCCAAUGCCUGUAUCCAAGAUUCUGUGGCUGCUGAAGUGUUUGAUCAUGUCUGGAACAAUAUAAUUGAAAUACUGGAGGAGCUGAUUAGAAAAAAUUGGGAAUCUGUUAUCACAGCAAAUGAUAAACAGGUGGAAAAGUUGAAAGCUACUACAACUAAAUUGCCAGAUCUACCAGUAUUGCAUAUUACAACAGAUACAGUGAGUGUACCCCCAUCAAGGGGCUCUGAGGCACGAAGCACAACUUUUGCUUCACAUUAUGUUCCAUCUCAGGUUCAUCGGUUCUCCAGCAAUUUCUACAGUGAUUUGAAUGGUGUUAUGACAAUUCAAGCUAAGCCACUCCAGCAGAGGCAUUCAGCCAUAGCAGACAAGAUCCAGAAUGAACAAGAUGACAAACUGCAUAACAUUGGCUCCAGUAUUCCCAACUCAGUGCGAAAUCGGGUGGGGCGAAUAACUGAUAACAAUGUUCUCUCAUCAUCCCGAGUACUGUUGGCAUCCUCUAGGAAAAUGCCAGCCCAUCGCAGGCUACCAUCUCUUACUUCAGACCCGCUAUGCUCAAAGACUCCAAACAUAUACAGUGAUGAAAUCCUUAGAGGAACUAAACUGUGUACUGGCUUUGAUCGCUUGUCCUCUCCCCAUGUACAUACAACUCGGAACAAGUUGCCACCAAUAAAUUCAGAGACAGUUGAACAGUAUCUGUCAGUGCCUGGAUCACGACAAAGCUUUCAUAGAGGUCGAUAUGCUCAUAGCAGAGUAUCAAGUGCAGUACCUGACAGCACAGAGCGACGACCACUUAGAGAACAAACUGUCAUUGUUGAUCAAUUUUCAAGACCCAAUACCACUCACACAUUCAGGUCAGACACAGCUCAGAAAAGGUCAUUGACUUCUAUGGAUUUUACUAAUCACAUGUGGACAGGCCAUGUUUUUUUAACAGGCACACAUCGUUACUCCAAAUCCUUUCAAAGGAAUCCAUCUACAUCUAGGAAGAGAUUUCAAGUUGCUUCUUAAUAUAUUUUAAGAAGAAACAGAAAACACAUUGCACUGAAUGGACAACUAUUAUGCUCAGCAAUAUGAGACAUCAUAUGGAUGGGAUGAAGAAAGUAUUAUAGCAUUCUGUGUGCUGCUUACCUUUCCAGUCUGUCUUGAACAUGUAUGUUUGAAGGUAGCUUGGACGGAGAGGAUGGAUGUAGCUGAGAGAAAAAAAAAGUAAAUCAAGUGAUUAAACGUGGAAUUCAGGAUUUCCUUUUGUAGGAAAUAAGAUGCUGCUGCUGUUUCUCCUACUCAUCCAUGCCUCCACUGUUUUGAGUUUUUCAUCUGGUAAAUUUCUUUAGUUCCUUCCUCUAAUGGAAGCAAGUAACAAGGUGCUUUUAAGCCCUUGAAAUUAUAUUCAUGUUACCCAGCCUCCUGUUUCAUAGACUUUCUGAGCGGUCAAACACUGAUUGUAUACAAAGUUCAUAUGUUUUAAAAUAGAAGCUUUUUAUUACCCUAUUGUGUCCUUUCUCUCUCUCAUCUUUGUUAUUCCGGUUGCUGUUCUGUAAAUAUUUUCUGUCCUUGGCUUGUUUUCCCUUUUAAAACUAGGUCUGUAUUCAUUUUAACAGUGAUUAGAGAGCUAAACUUCAUUUAUAACUUGCUAUUAAGUUGUCCUCUACUUUAGGUGCUGUAGAACAACUGAGAUAGAAUUAUUCUCGGAAAACAAUGACUGCCCAGCCAGGUGAAUGUAUUCCAUAAAUCCCAAAUUACUUGAUAUGCUUGCUGACAUGCCAAUAAGACAGUUCUAACUUUCUCAACUUGUGUAUUCUUCGAGGGAUUUCUAUGUCACAUACUCCUAUAAAACCUAAUACAAUUUCUUGUAUCUAAUCCUAAACAUGAUUUACUUAACAUUAAAGUAUUUACUUAAUGAA